CUUUUGAAGUAAAAGAGGGGGUAAAAUUACCUAUACAAGGAGUAUGUAAGCGUUGUGGAUACAUGUCUAGCAAUGAACUUUGUAAAGCAUGUAUGUUACUAGAGGGAUUGAAUCGAGGAUUACCAAA